CAGUUAACAUAAGCGUAUACUCAGAGCGAGCAUUAGAGGGCUUUCCUAAACCACCCAAGUCCGUUGAAAUUGAACUGCACGCGGAAGAAAUCAGAUAGCUAUUAGGAAGUUUAGAUAUAAAACCAACAGUAAGAAAGCAUUUUCUCUUGGCUGACCGAUUAGCUGUGCUUAAGGCAACAUGAAUCCUGUACUUAGUACCUUGUUGUUUUCAGUGCUUCUACUUCUGACCCACAGAAUUCAGGAGCUGGUGGAGGCGUGCAGCUGUGCCCCUGCUCAUCCGCAGCAGCUCAUCUGCGACUCGGCUUUAGUGAUUCGAGCAAAAAUAUCCAGCGAAAAGGUGGUUCCUGCCAGUGAUGAUCCUCUUGAUACCCACAAAAUGAUCCGGUAUGAAAUCAAACAAAUAAAGAUGUUUAAAGGAUUUGAAAAGCUCAAGGAUGUCCAGUAUGUCUAUACCCCUUUUGAUUCAUCACUCUGUGGAGUGAAACUAGAAGCUAACAACAAAAAACAGUAUCUUUUGACAGGCCAAAUUUUAAGUGAUGGUAAAGUCCUCAUCCAUUUAUGCAACUACAUUGAACCAUGGGAUGAUUUAUCCUUGUCUCAAAAGAAGAGUCUUAAUCAGAGAUAUCAAAUGGGCUGUGGCUGCAAAAUUACUACCUGCUACAUGGUGCCGUGUUCAAUCACUACACCAAAUGAGUGCCUCUGGACAGACUGGCUGAUAGAGAGAAAGCUAUAUGGGCACCAAGCCAAGCAUUAUGCCUGUAUCAAGAGAAGUGAUGGCACUUGCAGCUGGUACCGAGGUGGUCCUCCCCCAGAGAAAGAGUUUAUUGAUAUCAGCGAACCUUAAAAUGAUCACUUCCUAAAAAGCCUUGGAGUCUAAUUCCAUCAAACAUUGCACGCUCACAGCUUUGAACUGCCAUCGUCUAAUGUAUCUGUUGCUUAGAAACAAAAACAAAUUGUCCUGUACAGCUAAAGUACGAGUCUGUGGAAUUGGCACUCAGGCAAGAUGAGGAACAAAUCUCCUGGAGGUAGCUACUCUGUAAAGUUAUGCUUUGUACAGAGAGGCUCAAGCUGAGAAUGCUCCUCUGUGUCCUCUAAGGCAUAGCAAGAUUCCCUUUUACCAAUACGAAUGUACAAGAAAAAAAGAAUUGCCAGAAUUUUGUCCCCUGUUUCUGUUAUCCUACAGAUUAAGAGAGCCCCAUGUUUUAUUCCAAGUCUUUCUGAUGAACUAUGGAAUGUUUUAUAGAACUAUUUUUUCUGUAUGAAAGUCUUCUGAUACAAAAGAAUUAUUGUACAGUGCAUAUGUAAAGUAUUAUAACAAUGUGCUAUAAAAAAAAGAUUCAAACUCCCGUUUUUCCUUAUCUGUUGACGCAAGUUGAACACUUCUGUGAUUAAACGAUCUGUGCUCCAUAUUCCGUAUGUUACUUAUGUCAUAGCUUUCAUUAUCUACAGAAUUGUAACUUUCAUUGAUAACUAAGUUAAAAAAAACGCCUUGAUAAUCAAAAUCCUCUUACCCAAUUCAAUAUUCCUAUGGACUAACUAUACCUUGUUGAAGGAAAAGCCAGAUGUUCUAAUGCUUCAGCAUUUUAUGGAACCAACACAAAUAAUGACAGGCUAAAACGGCUUGUAUUUACAGAAACCAUGUCCAUCAUCACGGCAGCUGUAGUACUUGAUAAUGCCUCUCUAAAUAUGUGACUAGGUCAUUGUAUUUCAAAAGCCUUGGCUUUAGAAACUCAUGUAAAAAUACAUGCAAUAGAUGUUGAAUAACUUGCGUUGCAAGUGAUUUCUAAAAAGCUCUCAAAUAUUUGACCAUAUAUAAUAGUUUAAAUUUACAUUAAUGAUUUUUCAUUCAUGAAUACCCAUCGUACUCUGUCAUAUUUGGUAACUCGUGAACUUAUACUAGAGAAGUGUUACAACAUAUUUUGCCAUUUAGUUUUUUAGCGUCUUAACUUUUAUGAAUUGAUUACUGUAGUUAGUAACUAAUCUCACACAUAUUUAAGUUUACAAAAGUAAUUCAAUUCACAGUGGUAAAAAUUAAGAAAUUAUUUCAGUAAAUGCCAAAGUUUAGACAGCUGUCCAACUGCUUGCGUUCUGGAAACUGGAUGAGAACCGUCACGCAGGAUAUGAAUCUGCCAUUUUUGACAUAUUUACUCGCUCCCAUUUUCUCCAUUGGAUUUCUUUCACUUCAUUCCAAUUUUGGCUAGAAAUUACUCUCACGUAUUCCCCAUAUGAGAAUUUAGAACAACAGGCAGAGAUUUAGACAGUUCUGUUCUUGUUUGGUUAGCUCAGGUCUAUUUAAAGGUUUAACA